GGCGCAGGAAAAGCAAAGAAGAUCAAGAGCCUUGACACUGCUCCCAGCCGUGCCCGAUCCGCCGCGACCGGGCUCACCACGGGCUCUCAUCACGUUGGCCCGACCCCGCCGCAACGCAUCCCUCGGAGCCCCCCGCCAGGCGCUGAGAGCAGAGACCGGCGCGGGGUCCCCGGAGCCGGCUCGCCGCCCGCCGGGGGCUGGUAUGUGGUAGGGUAGGGCCAUGUAUUGGAAGAGUGACCCGAUGUUCGUCUGCAGGCUGGAGGACAAGGACUUGCCCGCGCUCGGGGGCCCGGCGGAGAAGGCCAGCCCCGCAGCAGCUGACGAGGACUCCUGCUCUUCCUCCGCUGCCCUGUCGCCCUCCUCGUCGCCGCGGUCCAUGGCCUCAGGCUCAGGCUGCACCCCCGGCAAGUGCGUGUGCAGCAGCUGCGGCCUGGAGAUUGUGGACAAGUACCUGCUCAAGGUAAAUGACCUCUGCUGGCAUGUGCGCUGCCUCUCAUGCAGCGUUUGCAGAACGUCCCUGGGAAGGCACACCAGCUGCUACAUCAAAGAUAAAGAUAUCUUCUGCAAACUUGAUUAUUUCAGGCGCUACGGCACUCGCUGCUCCCGCUGCGGGCGGCACAUCCACUCCACCGACUGGGUCCGGCGGGCCAAAGGGAACGUGUACCACCUGGCCUGCUUCGCCUGCUUCUCCUGCAAAAGACAGCUCUCGACCGGAGAGGAGUUCGCCUUGGUCGAGGAGAAAGUCCUUUGCAGAGUACAUUACGACUGCAUGUUGGACAAUUUGAAAAGAGAAGUUGAAAAUGGUAAUGGGAUUAGUGUGGAAGGAGCAUUACUAACAGAACAAGAUAUUAAUCAUCCAAAACCAGCAAAAAGAGCUCGGACCAGCUUCACAGCAGAUCAACUCCAGGUUAUGCAAGCACAGUUUGCUCAGGACAACAAUCCAGAUGCACAAACACUUCAGAAACUGGCAGAAAGAACAGGCUUGAGCAGGCGUGUUAUACAGGUGUGGUUUCAGAAUUGCAGAGCACGCCAUAAGAAACAUGUUAGUCCUAAUCACUCAUCUACUGCUCCUGUCACAGCAGUUCAGCCCUCCAGGUUGUCUCCACCCAUGUUAGAAGAAAUGGCAUACUCUGCAUAUGUACCCCAGGAUGGGACUAUGCUCACUGCUCUGCACAGCUACAUGGAUGCUCAUUCACCUACAGCUCUCGGACUUCAGCCAUUGCUACCCCAUUCAAUGACACAACUGCCACUAAGUCACACCUAAUUCCUUUUCAUCAGGGAUCUAAACUAUUAAAGAUGUAACCUUAUGUCAUAGUGUAUUGAAAAUAUCAUUGGAAAGCUAUUAAUGUUAACUUUUUAUUUAACACCCAGAGCAUUUUCAAGAAAAUUUUCACCCAGGUAUGUCCACCUAUUUAGCCUGCAAGAUACUUUUAUGGAUUCUGCUUAAGUAACUAUUACGUUGUUUACAAGCCUUAUUAAACACUUUUUUGUAUUGUCUGGAAGUAGUCUGCUCUAGUUAUGUGUGUGUUAAUUUAUUUGUCAUCAAAAGAGCACUUUGCCUAAAAGAAAGGACUGACAAUUGUGCAAAAUGUUUACAAUUUUGUGAAAUUGUUGCUUAUCAUUAGGUUUGUAUUUGUAAGUUAUUGCUAAAAGUAUUAUCUGUAUUUGAGUUGUAUACAGCCUAUAUGUUAAAACUUAUUUCUGUGAGUUUACAAAAAUUUUGGUUGCGAAUAUUUUCAAAAAGAACUGAAUAAAGUUUCUGCUGCAGCAUGCCAAGCAAAAA